GCUCCCCUUGACUUUCCCCUUCACAUUAGUGCAUGCAUCCAGAGGAGCAGAGGUUUCACUCGAACCUGGCCGCUAUACCUGAAAGCGCGAGAUAACAGGGACCUGGCAAUGAUCUCACUGGACUUCAAUUUGAAUGUUUUGACAAGGGACCUGUCACUUUAUCUGGAAAACCAAGUGAAAGUUGGACUUUUUGGAUCUGGAGUACUGUCACUGGUGCUCGGCUUCAGCGCAGCUUAUGUCUACUAUUACUUGAUCUCUGUCGCGAAGAAGCCCCAACUGAUUUCCGGUGGUAAGAAGUUCUACCAGUUCCUGCGGGACCAAUGUCCCGUGGUGUCAGAGAUCUACUACCCCACAUUCUGGUGCUGGGAGAGCCGGAUCCAGACGGUGCUUAGGCCAUUCGUCACGGCUAAACCGGGGGUCAGCUACAGAAAUGAGCUCAUUGGAGCAGCAGAUGGAGGGCAGAUCUCUCUGGAUUGGUUCGACAACGAUGACAGCGCCUCCCACCCCAACUCGGCCACGCGCCCCACCGUCCUGCUGCUUCCAGGCCUGACCGGCACCAGCAGAGAGUCCUACAUCCUCCACAUGGUCCAGCAGAGCAGGGAGCUGGGAUAUAGGUGUGCUGUAUUCAACAACAGAGGGGUGUCUGGAGAAACUCUCUUGACCCCCAGAACGUACUGCGCUGCCAACACAGAGGACCUGGAGGCUGUCAUCGAACACAUCCAGAGGACAAAUGAGGACGCCCCUCUCAUGGCCGCUGGUGUCUCCAUGGGCGGGAUGAUGCUGGCAAACUACCUGGGGAAGAAGGGCAGGGAGACGUGUCUGAAGGGCGUGGUUGUGUUCUCGGCAGGCUGGGAUGUGUUUGCGUGCACAGCGUCACUGGAGAAGCCUCUGGACCGCUUCCUCUUCAACUCUUACCUCACUAGCUGCCUGCAGGCAGGUGUGGACAGACACAAAUCUGUCCUUGAGAAGAGUUACGACAUUGAUCAUGUGAUGAAGGCCAAGACCAUCCGUGAGUUUGAUGAGAGGUUCACGUCUAUAAUGUUUGGCUACCCCACCAACGAUGACUACUACCACGAUGCCAGUCCCAUCCACAAGCUCAAGUCUGUGCAGGUGCCCAUGUUGUGUCUAAACGCUGCAGACGACGUCUUCUCCCCCUGUCAUGCCAUUCCAGUGGAGGCAGUGAAGCAGAACCCUAACCUAGCCCUCCUUAUCACUUGCCAUGGGGGCCAUAUAGGUUUCCUGGAGGGCCUGUGGCCCCGACGGAGCACCUACAUGGAUCGCGUGUUCAAGCAGUUUGCCAAGGCCGUCAUCGAACAGGGUGGUGACCUGAAUGACCUUUCCAGCUAGACCAGUUCUUCUCUUUUUCAUUCUCUCUGUCGUUCCUUCACACCUUCCUUUUCUCCCUCUCUCUUUCCUUCAUUCCUUUUCUCCUUCCCCCAGUCCUUCUCUCCUUACUUCCUCGUCUCCAUCCCUCCCUACAAGCAAAAAAAACAUUUUCUUUUGAAGUGAACACCCUGUCACAAUACAACAUUUGUCCGUCCAUUCAUGUAUUCCUUCAUACAUGAAUUCAUUCAAUGUAUGUCCCCAUGAAUUCAUACGAUGCUUAUUCGAAAAAGUGAUUGCAAUUGCUCAUGUCGACGGUGAAAAGAUGAGUACGUUCACAUUAGUUGUGCUAGCUAAAUGUGUGUGGUGGAAAUACUUUUUCAAGUUAACAGAAGUACUGUAGGACAUAUUUUCCUCUGUCUUUCCCCGUCCUUCAGUGUUCUCAACAACAACUUGUGUAUCAGUAGGAUUUUAGUCCUCAGGGAUUGUAUUUAUUUUUACAUAGUCUGUCUCUGUCUGUCUGUCUUUGUUAUGAAUGUGAAUGUUUUAUGUUGAAGAUCGUUAAUUCCUUUUUAAAGAAAACACAAAAAAAUAACUAUAUCUAAUCUCUCAUGACAGACAGCUAGCUGCUAGAGUAGCGUGAUACUUGGUUCUUGGUUCGAGAUGAUAACUUCACCUUACCCGAACAGAUCACAGUAUUUAUGUUCUCUUGAAUUGUUCUGCAUGCAUUUUUAUUCACACAUUCUACCUGUGCGCACACCAAAUAGCUCUAACAAUGUAACUCAUUAUUAAUGAUAAGGAAUGUGAAAUUGCACUAUCUUAGUUUGAACGACCCAUGCCUCUAAUUCCUUCAUGCAAACACACUUGACUUCAAUUAUUUUUAAUAUGUAAGUAACUAUACCCAAAAGGCCUAAUAAAUGAAUAUACAAAUACCACAGGGAGGUUAUUGUUGUCCAGGUUGUUAAAGACACAGCCAAGUCUUAAUUACUUCAUGGACCAGUACUGUAUUUUACCCUACUUGUAGGGUAUUUGCUGAGCAUAUCAACCUGAAACCUCAUGUUAAAAUGAAGGUGCUAGAUUUAUUUUACCUUUAACCUUUAACCUUUAUUUAGUUUAGUUCUGCUUAAGACAACAAUGAGAAUGGAGUUGUCAGUCAGUUACGAACAAAUUCUUAUUUUCAAUGACGGCCUAGGAACAGUGGGUUAACUGCCUGUUCAGGGGCAGAACGACAGAUGUCAGCUCGGGGGUUUGAACUUGCAACCUUGCGGUUACUAGUCCAACGCUCUAACCAAUAGGCUACCCUGCCGCCCGAUACAGUGGCGUGUAUGAUAUAUUGCACAUUUGAACAUAGGAUUGUGUUACAGUAAGAUGGGAUGUAUGCAUACCCUCUGUGUUGACUGUGAUCCUGCGCCAGAUGCAUAUUUCAUCAAUGCAGCCUGGUUGCCAAUUUAGUUCUGCUUAAGACAACAAUGAGAAUGGAGUUGUUUACCAUAAAGGAGUUCGCAAAAGUAGCACCAGAUUUGGCAACCGGACUGUCACCAAUGCACUGUUUCAGACAUUGUCUGCAUACAAAAUGGCACCAUAUUCCCUAUAUAGUGCACUACCUUUGGCCAGAACCUCAUGGACCCUGGUCAAAAGUUUUGCACUCUGUAGGGAAUAGGGUGUCAUUUCAAAUGCACCUAUGACUUUAUUCCUGUGGAAUUUGUAUGUUUCUUUAUUCUGCCCCGUGGCCAUUAAGUAGCAUGUGUCUCAUCGCCAUCACGUCCUGAACCUUACGACUUAGAACACCGCAUCAUAAUGAGUAGCACAAAGGACAUAUUUUGUUAGUCAUUAUAUUUAUGAUAUUAUAUUUCAUUUUAUAUUAUAUUUAAAAUAAAAAAUAAAAACAUUCUAUUUAACAUGCCUAGCAAUAAGAUUUUCAAAUUAAAUUGUCUAUGUGGUAAAAGUACCAGUAUAUACAUGUAUCAAUAUGAAGUGAAUUUUGCUGUAUGUAAUACAUUACUAGAUUAAGCCUA